AUGCAGCCCAUACUUGCUAUUGGUCUUCUCUUGCUCACCAAGAGGGUGACAGGAUACUUGGUUCCCAACCCGCCUGGGAAAUACAAUGUCACACUGACCACCGGGUCCUUGAUCGACUACAGCCGUAACGACCCCUAUGCCGCGACGCCCACGCCUCGCGCCUUGAUGCUGUCGGUCUUCCAACCUGCCAAGUGCGCCUCCACCGUGCCCGUGCCCAUCAUGCCCGACGAAGUCGCCGACUACCAGGGGCCGUUUCUCCAAGAGACCUUCAACAUCUCCGCCAAUUUCACACCCCUCUUCCUCGAGGCACGCCUGCCCGUGUGUUCGUCGGACCAUGCCCGCGGCUGCUCAGCCCUCGAUGACAGUCCCAUCCUGCUCUUCUCCCCGGGCUACAGCAUCCCGCGCUUUUACUACAACGUCCUCGCCUCUGCGAUCGCCAGCGAGGGCUUCACCGUCAUCACCAUCGACCACCCGGAGGACACCAACAUCAUCGUCUACCCCGACGGCCACGCCGUCUACAACAACGCCUCCAUCCUAGACAGCCCCACCUGGGACCUCUACCCCCUCGCCGCCGACACCUCCUUCGUGAUCGACCAGCUCAGCAACGCAACCGCCAUCGCCGCGCUGCUGCCGCGGCGCGGGCCCCGCCCGUUCCGGACCUACCGCGUCGCCGCGCUGGGCCACUCGGUAGGCGGCGCCGCCGCCGUCGUCGCCGCGAGCCGCGACCCCCGCAUCCGCGGCGCGAUCAACUGGGACGGCACCAUCCUCGGCAUGUCGCCGCCGGCGGGCGAACCGUCAUCGUCGUCGUCCUCCCCUCAGCCGUCCCUGCCGGUGCGGCCCAUGGCCCAGCCGGUGCUGUUCAUGUCGCACCAGAACUUUCUCGACCCCACCUGGACGGCGACGUGGGAGCGGCUGGCUGGGCCCAAGAUGAUCGUAUACGUGGAGAAUACCACGCACUAUACCUUCUCGGACGUGCCCACGCUGUUGCAGGCGGCCGGGCAGAGCACGGAGCCGUGGGCGGAGCUGCUGGGCACGAUCGCGCCGGCGGAGAUGGUGCGCGUCCUGACGGCGUAUACGACCGCGUGGAUGAGGGCGGUGUUUGCGGGGAACAUGGAAGCCGGGGGGCCGCUGCUGAAGGAGACGGCGCCGGGCAGGUUUCCAGGGGUGUCGAUCUUGAUGAAGGGGAAUUUGUGA